CUAAGCAUAAUGGGUACGUCAGUUCGCUUGUACGAAAUAGUACGACUACCUACUACGUGGCACAAAUAUACAGACAUUCUGAUUUUACAUAUACACUACGUUUGGAUAUUAUUCAUCCCAUUGCUAUUUUUCAAAUCUAUCAGACACGAUAUGGAAAAAAAUGUUUUUAUAAUCUUUUUUAUUCCGUUUGUUUUCGUGUGCUUACAAAAGGAAAUAAAUGCAUACCCCGAAGGGACAAAAGCUCAAAUCAGAAUGUUCAAACGUAUUCAACGAAAACAACCUUGGGAAGACAUGUGGUUCGAUGAGUUCGGCGGUGAAGAUAAUUGGAUGCCUAAAGAUAUAAUAUGGUCUCAAGAUUAUACAGUUGGGACAAUGAGUAGGCUGCGAAUGAUCUCUCCGAUGUUGGGAUGCUCUUACGGCGUAGAAUUACAAUGGUUUCUCCGGCUGGCCCUUGAAUCAAUUGAUGCAUGUAACGAGUUGCAGCAAAACGAAAAUGUCAUUGAAGAUUGCAGGUCGGAAGUUAGAAGAAGCAUAGAAAAAGAUCCAUUUUACCAAGCACUGUCGCUGCUCGAAGACUUUUAUACGGGACAAACCGAAGAAAUAUUUUCUGGAAUUGUACCUGGAGGGUUAAAAUUCAACACACUGCUCAUGAAAGGUGCUGAAUCUUUAGGAAACUUUCUGGUGUCUACGUGUAGUCCAAAAUGCCAAUUAUUUGACGUACGAGCAAUAAAAGACGCUCAUGCUGCUGAAGGUCAUACAGAUUAUAUCUAUUUGUUUUGUGUAACCAAAUUAGAUUCUUACACAGAUUUCAUCGACGAUCACUUGACCAAGCUUCGACUAACUCCUUGGUAACCAACAGCUCAAUCAAUGCUAUAGAAACCGUGUGGUGAACACGGUUUUUGUAUUUUAGUAAUUACAAAUUUUUUUUUUCUUCGUAUAAAUAAAAUUCAGUAUACGUACAUUUUAAUAAA